AUGAGUGAACCCACCCACCAGCCAAUCAGCCCCGAAGUGAAUAUUGUCGUUUGCACCGACGAAUACGGGUGCGGACGCUGGUAUCACAAGGGGCGGGAUGCCGACGCGGUUUUGCGGGGAUUGCGGGAUGCAGCCUCCAGUCAUUCCGGAAGCGUGGCGGUUACCACCGCCGGUUGCAUCCUCGGGUGCACCUACGGGCCCAGGUUCGACGUGGCCCGGCGCUGGUCUGGCGAAAAGGCUCUGUACGGGUCGAUAGCCGGCGACGCCACCAUCACGCGGCGGGGGCGCGUUGGAUUUGUGCCCAUUCCCGAUGAUUUGAGAACGGUGAUCGCCGACAAUCUGCCUGACACGGCUCAGGCGUUAACCGACCUCAAGGGCGAAGCCGGUCCCGCCGACGUGGACCUGCUGCGGAACGUGCUGCAGGAUUGCAGCCGGGGAAUGGAUGGUUGCGGCGUGGGCCUGAACGAAGCGAUCGUGAUGGUGCAUAACGAGGCGGCCAUCGCGUCCAUUCCGGCCACGCUGAACGGCCUGGAAUUUGUGGAUGGGAGCGGCCAGCCGCGCGACCGGGGCGACAUCGCGGUGCUGGUUACCGAGGGCGACGGCCGGAUUGCGCUGCAGUUGAGCCGGAUUCGCCAGCUGGAGUUUAUCUAUCGUGACCUGGGCAACGGGAUGCCCAGUUAUACCGUCUGGCUGCGGGACGCCAGGCUUGAAACGGUGUACCGCAUAUACCUGCGGCGGUCGGACGAUGCCGCCACCAAUCCAUUGCGACACCGGCUUUUCAUGGAUCUGAUCGCCAAAUACGGCGCGAAAGUAUCGUUUUAA